ACGAGCGCACCCACCACCACCAUCGUCUCCGCGCCUCCCUCCGUGAAGAGAUCCCUUCGGGGAAGGAACCCAAGCCUCGAAACCUACCCGUCUCGGAACCCCAAUCUUCCGACCCCCAUGGCCUCUUCACCCAUCCCUCUCAUCUCCCUCCUCAUCCUCGCGCUGCUCCUUUCCUCCCCCUCCCCGUCCGCCUCCGCCUCGCUCUCCUUCCUCACCGCUUCCUCCAACGGCUCCAUCUCCACCUCCGCGGCCGCCGAUCCGGACCUGGGGGAGCCGGCCCCGGAGUCCACCUUCCUCGAGGAGGUCAUCGACGCCGUCUCGGAGAAGUACGACUGGGACCCGGACGCCGAGGUCAGGGUCUGGCCGCUCGACGCCGACGCCGUCCGCGUCGGCGCCGUGCAGCGGUACGAGUUCCGCGCCCGGGCGGGUGGGGCGGUGGCACUGGCGCGGCUAGCCGACGAGGCGGUGGAGUGGAGGCGCCCCGCCGCGCCCGCGGUGGAGGAGGUGGACGGGCCGGGCGGGAUCGACGUCGUCCCCAGCGACGGCGCGUUCGGGUUCGGUCCCGGCGUGAGGGACGUGGAGUUGCUCGGGCCGGUGGAGGUGAGGCUACUCGGCGGCCUCGUCGACCUCCAGUUGCCGUCGCGGAAUGCCACAUAUACAAGGUUGAAGAGUAUACUUGUCGCUGAUGGCAUUGCAUUAAAGGUUAUUGGUGCGCAGAAAGUUUCCUUAGCCCACCCUCACGAUAUAGGUCUAUUAGUAAACGGAAGCUUGUUGACUAGUAACAACGACCUAAGCCGAAUAUGGCCUCUGAGCUACUCAACCUGUGCCCCAUUACUCCAAGUGGGCGUUGUAGGAUCAGUGGUAAUUGUUGUGCAUCAAACCAGUGUGUCUGGAGGCCGUAUGAAAACUUUGUUGAGGUCACGUGACACUAUGGAGUUAUUGUCUGACAAGUGUCAAGUGAACAUAUCAAAUCGGUUGAUCUCAGCAUGUUUGUUCUGCUCAAUUAGCCCAAGACUGAUAAAGCUUGAAAAAAUCUUGAAGACUUGGUUUAGCAAAAGAAACCAGGGGAAUAGCUCAAUGCACUUCAUUGAAGCUAAAGUGACAUCAAUACCUUUGGUAAAAUUCCGCUUGGAGCUUGAAAGGGACCUUGCUGAAGACAAUAUCAUCUGGGAAAAUGUUUCAGAGUGGAAAACGAAACCUACGGUCCAGCGAGCCACACUUGACAUUAUAGUUAGGGUGGAAGACAACGGUAGGCUGAAGGCCAUUUCCGUGAAGAAGGUUAGAAAACCGUUCCCUACAGUGGAUGCUACUUCGUGGAGCAGCCUAACUUCAAAUGUUUCUUUCACAAAGUUUUUGUCAUUAGUUUUACCACCAGAACCGCUGUCGCUGGAUGUAAAGUGGUGAUAGCGUUUGCUCUAAUUUACUUCUCAUAGGGCUGAUAGGAAAUUGCACAUAUACAGCGAUUUCGUGUAUACAUCUUGUUAACAUUUUGUAUUGCUUCUGGCAACUGUAUGAGUACUAUCUUUCGUUGUUCAUAGUGCCCUUGCAAUGGCUAGCCUUAGUGCCUUGCCUGCUCUGAGCUA